AUGAAUUCCUCCGACAAAGUUACAGAGAUUAUUAAUCCAAUAUUAGAGAAAGAAUUAAAGACAGAUGCUGAGAUUCGUAAGCUUUGGUCAGAGAGCAUUCAUUGCUACAAUCAACGUCAAACGUUCAACAAGGCCAAUGAAGUUUAUGAUUUUAUAAUCGUUGGAGCUGGAACCGCCGGAUGUGUAUUAGCAAGAGAACUCAUUUACAACGUUCCCAAUGUUAAUAUUUUGCUAUUGGAAGCUGGUCCACCAAAUGUUCAAGUUAAUGAUAUAAUGCGUUUACCUUGUACUUUUGCUUCGGUUUAUCGAUCAAGUGAAGUAGAUUGGGGAUAUCAUACAGAAGAUCAAAAAAUGCCGAGCUCGAUCGAUCCUACCAAAGAAGUAUUAAAUAAAGGAUCCUCCUAUCCGCGUGGUAAGGUCAUUGGAGGUUGUAGUACUGUGAAUGCAAUGAUUUAUAUGCGAGGCCAAAAGGCCGAUUACGAUAGUUGGGCGGCCCAAGGUCCUGAGUAUUCAAUUUGGGAUUAUGAUCAUUGUCUUGAAG